CCCUGCUGCUGCUUCCUGGCUGGGCGCGUUUGACCCGAGCGGUGCGCUCGCUUGCGGGGUGCUGUGCUGGCCUUGGCGUUUAGAUCCCAAAUGAAAAUGUUUGAGAGUGUUGACUCCACAGCCACAGAAUCUGGCAGGGAUCUCUGGUCUGAAAUCUGUUCUUGUCUGCCACAUCCUGACCAAGAAGAUGUUGUGAGCAAUGCCUUCUCGGACUCCUUUGUAGAUUCUUACUCUGCAUGUAAAGACCAGGGGGAGGCAGCGGACUUUGCUGUCCGGCCAGCUAUAAAACCGUGGGCUCCCUUACAGGAUUCAGAAGUGUAUUUAGCAUCUCUAGCUCCAUUUCUUACUUCUUCAGAGAAGAAACUAAGAAGAAUCAAAGGUUUAAAUGAGGAAGUGACUUCCAAGGACAUGCUUCGAACCUUGGCCCAGGCCAAAAAGGAAUGCUGGGAUCGGUUCCUCCAGGAGAAGUUAGCAUCAGAGUUUUUUGUAGAUGGACUUGAUUCUGAUGAAAGCACCUUGGAACAUUUCAAGAGGUGGCUGCAGCCUGAUAAAGUUGCCAUCAGCACAGAGGAAGUCCAAUACCUGAUUCCUCCAGAGUCACAGGCUGAAAAGCCAGCAGCCGAGGACAAGGCAGCAGCAGUGGAACAAUAAAUCUCACACCCAUUCCAGGCAGCUGUCUGGAGUCUAGAGGGAGCGUUUGAGAGUGCACCAGGGGCAACAGAGAGGAGAAAUCCAGGGAAGGAAAAGGCCCAAACUUCCACUCCACAGAGCACACAGCUGCCGGCCCCUGAGGACUUGCUCAGGGCUCGCACAUGUGACUGGAAUGAUUGACCUAGCGCAUGCUGGAUCAAAACCCUGCCUUCCUCGGUGUUGGAGCGCCGCUGCUGCAAGUUAGAAGUCUGCCGAGGACUUCUGAGUAUGAGAGUACUCCCAGCAUGGAUGCUCUUACGUGUAAUGGAUGCAUUGAGUGAGCCGUGGUUUUCCUGGCCUCUUCCCCAUAUGCAAAUGCCUGUGACCCCAACACUUCCUCCGUACUUUGUCGCGGGUGGGUCGGGCCAAGGAGAGCAAAGUCAGCCUCCUGAGAACUAAGCCCAUGUGGGGCUUCUCUAACAAAUCUUUAGUAAAUAGGGGAACUCUGGGGAAGGAGAUGGGGCUUUCCUUUGUCUGAUUUGUUCCUUGUGGAGAAAAUGGGCAAAAGAAGUGUGAAAACAUGGGUGUUUAUAUCUGGAUAGUUUUUUAUUUCGUGCUUGGCUUAUCCCUCAACUUCCUCCUGCACUGAUUUCCAAAUUAGACUUGUAAAUGUGGUUUAGUGUUUGACACUACUGAAUAGUUCCAGACUUGUUCUGUAGCAGCUUUUCUGGCUGAGCCUGCAUUUUUCUCCCUUUUUAUGGUGUUCUUGUCCAUAUAAACAUAUAAAGUAUAUGUUAUCCAUAUGAACCUUUCUCAUCAGAGUAACUGUGUGGUGCUCUUGACCAGAUUUCUUCCAGAGGGAUGCAGUGGGAAAUACAGACAGAUGUGUACCGUGCAGGGCAGAAUGUGGCCUCUGCUGCUCUCCUGUUUUUAACACGUGGCUUCUGAUAACUCAGACCGUGGUGUUGUGAGGGGAGGAUUCUGAGGCCAUGGCCCCAUGGAGUUUCUUCCUGGGUAAUAGGUUCCAGACCCUAACACUGAGCAGAGUGGCCAAUGUUGGUUCAGUUCUAACUUAGGUAUUUGUCUUACACAAAAGGAUAGGAACUAACUAGAUGAUCCUAUAUAUUGGUUUAAUGAUACGAAUAUUUUUGUUAUAGUUUCUAGAUACUUUUUUAUUCUUUUUUGUUUGUUUUAAUGGACUGAAAGUUUUAGUUUUA